CGUUUCUCUUCCAUGGCGCAACCAGCGCUGCCUCUCGAACUGGAGCGCAACAUCUUCAAACUGGCCGUGACAGACCAGACGAUGAUUACGACGCUGACGCUCGUCGCAUGGCGCGUCAACGCCUGGAUUGGACCCCUACGGUACCGUGUCCGGGUUAUAGAGAGAGGAGCUGCAUUGGAUGCGCUAUGUCUCCGGAUGGCACAACGGCCCGAGGAUGCGGCACUUACGCUGUUCCUCGCGACGACGGCACGGUCGAACGAACUGAGCAGUGUGGCGCGCUUGGCCCGAGCGUUCCCGAAUCUCGUGGAUCUGGGGCUAUGGGGUUUGCCGGUUUCACCUCUGGACAUGCAGGCGCUGCACGCGUUGACUCAUCUGCGCCGUCUGUCACUGAACCCGCGAUAUGCCCUCGCAAGAGACGUCGCAGAGGCCCGGCCGGCGUUCGCGCCACUCACCCGGCUGACACACCUCGAGAUUUUUGGGGACCUUGCGGAGUGGAUGGUUCCCGCGCUGGCCGUGGCAUUCCCCGGGCUGACGCACAUGUCCUUCGUUGAACUGAGCUUUCCUGGGCUCAUGCAGGCUGUGCUGCAGGCCCAAAAAACGCUGCGGGUGUUUGUGUAUGUUUACCUCGCAUACAAGAAUGGACCUCAUCCGUGGGAGUCCCCGGAGGAGGUGGCAAAUUCGCUCGGUGUCAAGGAUCCACGGCUCGCUGUCGUUAGGAUUAUUGGGCGAGGGCAGAGGACGAUGUUGCCCGCAGAAGCACGAAAAGGUCGAUGGAGGAAGGGGCAGAUGGGGAUCCAUAACGCAGAGACUCGGAGCCAUCCCAAGAUUGCCCGCCGACGCAUGGACGAGCCCAAACUGAGUGUAAAAGUGAAAUCCGCGCAUCCGUCGCCCUAUCAAUCGAUCUUGACGGCGGUUGGUUCAAUGCUUCCCACUUGA